AUGAUUGGGGCUAUGCUUCCGCAUAUUGAGUCGACAAGUCGACGCCCCGGCCAUUCCCCCGGCCCUUGCUAUGGUUUCCUAUGUCUUGCACCAACGGAGAUGAGACAUGUUUGCGUUCACCUCUUGCUGCUCCGUUUUAUCUUAUUUUUUAUGCAUUUCCCUCUGUUUUUCCCUUGUCUGUAUCUAGCUCGCUCUUGUUGGUUAAGGAUGCUGCUUCUUCUCGUACUUAAUCAAUAG